CCAGGCCUCAUCGCUGCCACCGCGUUCCUUCCUCUUCCUGGGCCACCGUCUCGGCGCGCCCGGACCCUGCCCGCCGUGGCGGCCGGCACCCGUCGGGGAAGGCCUCCUCGUGGGGGUCCCCGGGCACUCCGUGCGCCUGGAAACGCCAGAUCCCCUCUCCGCGCCCCGCCGCGCCCCAUGCCAUGCGCAGCCUCGGGGGCGCAACAGGCCGGGGCCGACCGAGGGCCCGCCGCCGCCAUGAGCAGGGGGCCGCGGCUCCCCUCGGGGCCCAGCCCUCCGCCCCCGGGCGCCGCCGGCGAGGACGCGUAGCCAGCGGAGAUGGAGGCCUCGCACCAGAGCAGCUCCAGGAGCGGAGUCAUCUUGGCCCCAGCGACCCGAGGCCCCGACGCCUGUCAGAUGGUCACCAGAGCCCAGCUCGGCCAGGACCCCCCCCAGAGAACCGUGCUGGGGGUGCUCACCGAGAACGGGCAGUACAGGAGGACCUGGGGCCAGGGGAUCACAGCAAUCAAGUGUUUCUCUGGAUCAGAAAAUGUCUUCCCUCCUGCUGGAAAGAAAGCGCUCGCUCACUGCGGGGUCUCUGUGCCCACCAAGCAAGGGUUUGAUGUCUACACGGAUGAGUCUGAGCAGGGGGACGCAGGCAGCUGCCCCAUGGGGGAGGGGAUGGUGUUCAGGGAUGCGUAUGAAGUGGACACCAGCACACUCAAGUCAGACCUUCACUUCCUGCUGGAUUUUAGCACAGUUUCUCCCAUGCUGGUAGAUUCAUCUCUCCAUUCCCAGCCUGAAGAUGCACCAGACUUAGGUACAGAUGUGAUAAAUGUGACUGAAUAUGCUGAAGAAAUCCAUCAGUACCUGAGAGAAGCUGAAAUCCGGCACAGGCCCAAGGCGCACUACAUGAGGAAGCAGCCGGACAUCACGGAGGGCAUGCGCGCCAUCCUGGUGGACUGGCUGGUGGAGGUGGGGGAGGAGUACCGGCUCCGGGCCGAGACGCUCUACCUGGCCGUCAACUUCCUGGACAGGUUCCUCUCCUGCAUGUCUGUCCUGAGGGGGAAGCUGCAGCUUGUGGGAACAGCAGCCAUGCUUCUGGCUUCGAAAUACGAAGAAAUCUAUCCGCCCGAGGUAGACGAGUUUGUCUAUAUAACGGACGACACUUACACAAAACGACAGCUGCUGAGAAUGGAGCACCUGCUCCUGAAAGUCUUGGCUUUUGAUCUGACGGUGCCGACCACCAACCAGUUCCUCCUUCAGUACCUAAGGAGGCAAGGGGUGUGCGUCCGGACAGAGAACCUGGCCAAGUACGUAGCAGAGCUGAGUCUGCUCGAAGCUGAUCCGUUCCUGAAAUACCUCCCUUCGCUGAUAGCUGCAGCAGCCUACUGCCUGGCUAACUACACAGUCAACAGGAACUUCUGGCCAGAAACCCUCGCGGCCUUCACGGGCUACUCCCUGAGCGAGAUCGGGCCGUGCCUGAGCGCCCUGCACAGGGCCAGCCUCGGCGUCCUGCACCGGCCGCAGCAGGCCAUCCGCGAGAAGUACAAGGCCUCCAAGUACCUGCACGUGUCGCUCCUGGAGCCGCCGGCCGUGCUUCCUCUGCAGUAGACUUCCCGGAGGAGGCGGCGCGGAGCUCGAUGGGCCACCGCGGGCUGGGGCAACAGGUUGCUGCAGUGCAGAUGACAGUUUUCUUUUCUUUUCUUUUUUUUUCUUUUGAUUUAAAUGUAUUCAAGGUCUCCUAGGCUUAAGUAGCUUGUAAUAGAGUCUAACGUUUUUUAAAGAAUAAACAGCUUGCCUUA